AUGACAAAACGAAAAGGACGCACACCACCGCUGAGACCAGCAGAAUAUCUCAGCUAUUACAAAUACGGCAUCCAACCCGGCGGUCAAAAUGCAGACCCUAGCAUUGGCUUUUCGAAAGUACCAGUCUGGGAUGAGAGGACAAGCCAUGAACACGUCCAUAGAGGAGUCGACCACAAUCCACAGGAGCUCUACUUGACACAUCCCGCCCAAACCUUAGUCUCGCAGUGUAGCAACAAGAGUUUAGUAGCUGAGCAUACUCAGUCCGCUCAGCGUUACUUUGAAGAUGAGAACGACGCAGAUGAGAACGACGAGAAGCCAGAGCAAGCGAACUUCAGGACGGGACUGCUCUUUAACUGUAGCCAGGAUGAAGAGGACGAGCGAGGAGUGAGGAGUGUCUUAUGGAGGCCUUGGGGAUUCACCUUCACUACACUUCUCUCGCUUAAAAGCGAAACGAUACGAUAUAAGCAUAUCGUACAGGUCAACUCACAUCCACCAUCCAUCGAGAAUAGCCACCACGCUCAGCGCAGCUCAAGUCUAGUCAUCGCGAUGGCCUCUGGUCAUACACCUAGCGGCAAGAUGCUCCCAAACUUUCUAACCAUGAGUUUCGAAAUGGUGACUGUGCGUGUCGGCGAAGCAGAUGCGACAGUCGACAUUCCUGUAUACCGCGAUCACCUUUCGGCCGUCUCACCGUACUUUCGCGGUGCAUUUGAGGGUUCUUUCAAAGAGGCUACAGAUCGCAAUCUAUCCUUGACAGACGUUUCCGAACAGACCUUCGGGAUGUUCCUGCAGUGGGCAAACAUACAAGUCAAUUCCCAGUCAGGUGGCGAUUCCAUGACUGCGCCUGAGCCACUCCUUCCGAAACUCACGACGAAAUUCGCGAACAAAACCAUCACAGCCCCCUCAAUCGACGAAAAGGGCUAUUUUGAUGGGGUAGAUAUGGAUGAGUCAUGUGGGAAGAACCUGGAGUGGCAGGGCGAUUACCACUUGCUGCGAUCUUCUUUCCUCCGCCUCUACGUUUUCGCUGACAAGUACGACAUCCCUCAGUUUCGAGACGACAUAUUGACUGCCUUGAUUUCACAGUCACGUACAUGGGAAUGGCUUUCCAAUCCUGACCAAGAUCUGAUUGAGCUUGCAUACGCAAAUCUGCCGCAGUCUUCCACGUUCAUUCAGUUCUUAGUACUUUCCGCGGCCAUCUUUCACGUUGAUCCGUUAUGCAAAGAUCCUACCAGGCUACUGCAUGAGCUGAAGAAGAUACAUAUAGACUUCGCUUUCGAAGUCGCUGUCGUGCAGGUUGCGAUAUACAGGGACGAAGUUUUCAAGAAGAAGAACAAGCAUAUUGCCCGAUCUCUGUGGGAAGAGGCUCUGCCCAAUUCUUGCUUCUUGCACGAGCAUCGAGUCCAGGACGAGAAGCAAUGUCGAGAGCGCAUACGCAACCAUCCGUAUAUCUCCAGCGCGCUCAUCGAUGCGUGUACGCAAGAUGCCUUGGGCAUGAAGGAGCGGUGCAACGAAGCAUAG